CACUGGCGCUGCGGACACAUCCUCAUCUGACUGAUCAACUUUGACGAAGGUCUCAAGACAAUGAUGGAGAUGACCAAUACCUCUUCCUAUCACAUCAAUACAACAGAUGUAUCUAGAAAUAAUGGCUCUACAAAUAUUUACAAGUAUGCAGAGCUGAAAAAGUCUCUCCACACCUUGUCCCUCGUUGUUUACUGUCUGGCCUUUGUCCUUGGUGUGCUCGGGAAUGGAGUGGUUAUCUGGGUGACCGGGUUCAAGAUGAAGAAAACCGUUAACACAGUUUGGUUCCUCAACCUGGCUGUGGCCGACUUCCUCUUCACAGCGUUCCUGCCUCUGAGUGUGACCUACAUCGCUUUGAAUCUCCACUGGCCUUUCGGCAAGUUCAUGUGCAAACUUGUCACCACUAUAAACUCCCUGAACAUGUUUGCCAGUGUCUACAUUCUGAUGGUGAUCAGUGUGGACAGAUGUGUGUCUGUAGUGUGGCCCGUCUGGGCCCAGAACCACCGGAGUGUACGCAAGGCUUCCUGUGUGAGUCUGGGUGUUUGGGUACUGGCUCUGAUUCUCAGCACUCCAUACUUCAUCUUCAGGGACACUGGGCUGAAACCCAGUAAGGACGCCAUCAUCUGCUUCAACAACUUUGCUCUUUCUGAUGACGAUGAAACACCGUCUGUGAUUCAGCUGGGACAGUUUCGUCAUGAGGCCAUGACCAUGACCCGCUUCCUCCUGGGAUUUGUUGUCCCCUUCACUGUCAUUGUCUCCUGUUAUGCUGUGAUAAUCCAUCGUAUCGGAAGAAACCGCACCUUGGCCAGCCAGUCGAGUCGCCCCUUUAAGAUCAUCGCCGCAGUUAUCACCACUUUUUUCCUGUGCUGGGCUCCGUAUCACAUCAUUAAAUUAAUUGAGAUGGUGAAUUCCAGGCCUACUAAUCGUAGUAUAACAUUGUACCAUGUCACCAUUAUUGGUGGUCCUUUAGCAAAUAACCUGGCUUUUUUCAACAGUGUCCUGAACCCACUGCUGUAUGUGUUCAUGGGACAAGAUUUCAAGGAUAAAGUCUGCAAAUCCAUCCUGACUGUAUUGGAGACUGCCUUCCGGGAAGAAGUUUCUCAGUCUCACACCGACACAAAGUCUACGGUCAUCAGCAGAAGCAAAAAUAAGUUAGUUAGUGACACUGUGGUAUGAAGUUAUCCAUGAUAUGAAUAAACAAAUACUGUAACUGUAAAUGAUUUCCACACCUGUAAAUGUAAAGAACAGAUCUACCUACAUGGUUACUAUGAGCUAAUUAUGUUCCUGAGGUAUUCUGUUAUUUCUUAACGCUUAGACAACAUACAGUUAAACCACAGGAAAGGAAUGGCCUGCUUAUUCUUUGUAUGAAUGUGGUUAUGAAUAUUGUCAUAUGUAUGAACCUGUCUAUCAAAGCUUGAUUCUAAUGUAUUUCAUUUUAGUUUUAUUUGAAACUUGUUUUUACUUUUCAAUGAAUCUGUAAAUGAUAAUAAUGCAAUCCUUAUUUUCCAUUA